CAAGUGGAUGCGUGUUGCUCUUCCCUGUUUGCCAGUCUUGUUCCAGAGGUGUGACAGCGUUUUACAGUGGAUAACUGGGAUGAAUGUUUGAAAUGUGAGAGAAGAUGUUAUAAUAUCAUCGUGCCGGCGCGAUGCAGGGACCCUGUAUGUGUUUUGCAUGAAGGGGAGGAUGUGAUCUGCAAGAUGUGACUGAGGAGAGCCGCAGAUGAAUAUUAAUUGCCAUCGCAGGGUUCAGCAAUAAAUUGAGAAGUCACACAGUGGCUCCCCCUGCAGGCCAUUGGGAUACUGUAGCAGUGUGGACCUCAACACUGAAUGACAUGCGUCACAUGACUCAAACUACAAGCAGGAGCUGAGGGUAAUUGGGAGCUAAAGACUUCACAAGACUUCCUGAAAUCCAUUCUAUGGAGGUCAAGGGUCGCCUGAUCACUGCCAUGGGCUUAGGGGCUCCAGAUGUCCAAGGCUGUCAGGACAGCAAGCUACAAGCAGAGCGAAUCUCAGAACUGCAAGAGCGAAAGCAGAGUCUGCAGAGCCUUUUAAACAGUCGUCUUGGAGAGCUGCGACAAGUGUGUCUUCUAGAGGCGGAGCUCACAGGGAAGCUUCCACGGGAUUUUCCUUUAGAUGAAGGAGAAAGACCUCCCUUUGUUCAGCGCCGAGCUGGCCUGGCCCCUCAUGUUACCUCAAAAGGAGAGGAUGACCCAGGUCAGCGACGGCAGAUGAAGGCUCUCUUCAGUGGUGCCCUGCGCCGGAGCAUCGAUUCUGAUAAAAACACACUGCACAGUAAGAGGACUGUUCAUCGGGGAUGCCACACAGAGGAAACUGUGAAGUCAGAGAGCAGUUCAAUGUCAGACUCAACAUCACAUGACAAUGAGGAUUCGUCUCCCAGUGUGGCACCUGAGCAUCGCUCCUUGUCUCACCCUCGGCUGGCCCCAGGCAGUCCUGACAGUAGGCUCUGUAGGAAGCUGUCGCCUGUGGAGAUCUACUACGAGAUGAGGACACGCCGCAACUCAGCCUCCAGCUCUGUGAGCCCAAGUCACUCACUCCCAAGAAGUGCAUCCAAUGUGGAGGGCAGAAGUGUUCCAGCCACACCGCUGUUGUCCCGCACUGCACCAAUCAGCGUCCAUGUGAGGCCGGAAAUGUCUGGUGGUAUUGCACUAAAGCAGUGGUGUGGCAGUCCAGAUGUUCCUCAGUUUGUCCCGUUGGCAUCUUUGGAGGGCUCCUCAUCUGAUCGCCGCAGCUGCCCGUACAGCUCCCGUGCCCGUCGUAGCAACAGCUCCGAGGCACUACUCGACCGCUCGAGUCUCCCAGAGCCCGGUCCUCCCCGCAAUGGCAUGCCAACCCGAGCUGGACCAUACAAGAGCUCGGAGUCCCUCACGGAUGGGAAGCUCCGUCAGAUCUAUCAAGGCAGCCCAGAUAGACAAAUGAUGGGAUUUAAAGAUCAGGGUCGAAUGCGAUCCUCUCUGGGUGGCCAAAGCAGUGGCACGGGUUACAAUGAGAUUUUGAUGGACUACAUUUGGGGCAAACAACAAAAGAGGCCCGUCCAGGCUCAACAGAACCAGUCGGCAGGACGACUCUGGCCGGACUUCUCCACUCCUCCAUCGGGCACCCCUCCACACUACAAUGGUUUCUCUCAUUCGCAGUUACAUCUGGCUGCCGCCCCACCUUCCUACAGCCCCAUGCUGCUGCGGGGUCAAGAGGCCGAGCCCCGUCGGGUCAAAGUGACACGAACGAAAUCAUGUGGCCCCUUUAUUCCUUUACAGCAGCACUCACAGGAUGCCGUGUUGUUCUCUGCGUAUGAUCCAUCACAUCCCUCUGCAGGAUCCACCACAUCUUCUAUUCCCAACCUGCUCCCUCACCACACAGAGCUGUCCACUGCUGCAGCGUUCGCCCGGAGACCGCCUCAGUUCUCUCUGCCCACUCCUGAGGACUCCACCCGUAGUCUGCACAAGGCACUGGCUCUGGAGGGACUCCGGGACUGGUAUCUGAGGAACGCCUUAGGUUAUUCCAAAGGUCACGAAGGACUCGGCAUGCGCCACUCACAUACUCACCACCUGGUGCAUCAGCCUCAGUCCGUUACAGCUGACCCACUGUACUCUGUGCACCGUCAAAUACCUCAGUCAGCUUCAUUUCAUGGGCAUCCCUUGCAUGCCAGGUCUGUGGAGCUCUCUCUCUACCCAGAGCCUUUCCCCUCAGAGGGGGGCACUCAGAAAGAGUCCGGCUCUGAGCCCCCUUCUCCUGGAACACUGGUCUGACCGACAGCCGACACUCUCCACAGCCUCCAGUGCAACAUGUUGCAAUAUCUGAUGCAAAAUGACACCUUGUUGUAGGGAUGCACCGGACCAAUACUGUGCUUAAAAUUAAAAAAAAAUUUCUAAUGCAUCCUUUGUAGCAUAAAUGCUGCCACACAAACAAUGACAGCUGGACUUAAUAGCAUUUGAUUAGAGAUUUUAAAGUGUAGUAAUACUUUAAAAUGUCAGCAUUAUUUAAAUGUACAGUUGUUACACUGCAUAUAACAAUGAUAUUGGUGCAUCCCUACAUUGUUCAGCAAAUAAGGAGGCAUCUGUAACAGCACAGAACUGAAAUCGAGUGAGCAGUUUGUUGGCUGUCAUAGAUCUAUUGUAAACUGGUGUUUACAAGGAGAUUUUUUUCCCCCUUCAUACUCUGUGUGUGUAUUAAUGGGAUGUUUAUUGUAAUGUAUUUACGUUUCAAAACAAAAUAUAAAGGUAAUCAUAUCAUCUCCACUUCAUCCUGAGAUAUAUAUAUAUAUAUUUUCAGAGAAUAAAAUAGAUUAUAAGAUGUAUGUAUUCAAAAUUACUAUUUUGUAACUAAUAUGUUUCAGGUUAACAGUCAUUUAAUUCUACAAGUCUACUCAGAGUUUAAUGAACUCAUGCGUUUUAAUGUCCUAUAACAGCAGUGAAUGUGUUGCAUACCUGUUUGUUUAUAUCUAUAUAUCUAAAUAUCUAUAUGUAGCUAUGAAGAGUAUGCUAAAAAGCAUUUCAUAUAGAGGACCUUGAAGUGAAGAUGAGCUUUCAAUUAGAGGACUGACGUUCUCUAAAGUCGUAGACAUGCAAACAAGCUAAUGCCUGAACUCCGAAAUGAACUUUAAAGCUCUAAUACAGUGAUUUAUACAAUUAAGCCCACAGUCAUCAAAUUCGCUAUUUCAAAGGACUUGAAAAGGACCGUUGACCCUAAAAUACUGAGACCUUGAACUAAUAAAAAUGCAUGAGACGAUUUUAAAAAGAAAAAAUGCAUCCCUAUGAAAUCCUUCAUACAGAGUCAGAAAUAUAUUCAUGAUUAUUUACGUUUUUUAUUAUUUAGUUGCUUUUUUGUUUACUUUUCGGAUGCCAAAUAGUUUAAAAGUUAGACUCUGUGUGAAUAGUUUUGAUGCAAAAAUAGUUUGCAACUAUUUUAUACUUUCAUGUUUAAUCGCAUCCGACUUGGUAACCCCUUUAAUAGAUAUUCUUAAAUAUUUGACGAAUUUUAAGUGAGCAUCUACUGUAGUUUACAUGUUGAGCGGUGGCGUAAGCUGGUCUUAUGUUACCACUCUUUGGGAGCAAAAUAUCUUUGAAUUGUCAGUGUGUUUUCAUUCUGUUUACCAGUUUAGUUACAGUUCCUGACUUGUUGGUUUAGAAAUACAUUAUAAAUAAUUCUGGCAAACUACACUGUAAAAAACUAUUUGUUGAGUCAACUUAAAAUAAUUUGUAACCUGGCUGCCUUAAAAUUUUAAGUUCAGUCAAUUUAAAAAAAGUUUAUUCAACUUGAAAUGUUAACUUAUACUAAGUGACAACUUAGAUAUUUGAGUUGAAUCAACUUAAAAUUUUAAAAGCAGCUGGGUUACUUACCCAUCUGUUAAGUUUAGCAAACACAAAUAUCUAAGUUGUUACUUAGUACAACCUAACAUUUCAAGUUGACUAAACUUAUUUUAGUUAACUGAACUUGAAAUUUUAAGGCAGCAGGGUAACAAAUUAUUUUAAGCUGACUCAACAAAUUGUGUUUUUUAUUUUUUACAGUGUAUGUCUUAUUAUAACCAGUUACCAUGUUGUGAUGGUUAUCCUCAAAAUCAGUACAAUUUGCUGUCCACUGUUUUGAGUACAAGACUACAGAUUCAUUUUUGCCCAUGUUAAGCCUACAAAUUAUUGCUAAAACUCCAGAACAUAGGAUGGUUUAAGUUUCAAAUGAUGAUGGUUUAUUUAAAACUUGGUUAAUUAGACUUGAAGAAUUCAUGUGUAGUUGCUACUCCUCAUCUUGCGGGUUUGUGAGGUGCCUCUAGCUGGUAUCUGAAAGUCAUGACCAAACAGCUGUGCAUUGCUAGUCUCUUUUAGUGUAUUUUGGUGACAUAAAUGUCUGUACUGUAAUUACUUAUAAAUAAUGAAAAAUACCUAUAUGUAGCAACUUGAAUAAACAAUAUAUAUUGUAUAUUUAUGAACUGAUCAGAUUUUGUAUACAUAUUUAUUUGCAUAGUACAUGCCUCUGGUUUGUUUACACCAGCAUCUUUAUGAACGACACCUUGUUUUGGCUUUAAACUGUGCUAUCGUUGCAGCUUUUAGGAUCAUGAAUGCAUUGCUUGAUUUGUUAUUAUAAACUUUUUUCAUUGUUUUGUUUUUAUAUACAUUUUUCAUAUCAGCCAUAGUCUGUUGGGGCAAAAAAAAAAAAUCAUAAUAAAGA